AUGCACAUCGCUGCCAUCAAUACUGGCGAUCUCCUUCUACCCCUCUGGAGAGGAACCUUUAGAGCCGAGACUACGGAUGAUAAAUCCACGUGGGCCUGGGCUGUUCUGAUGAAGGCGACUUGGAAGGCACAUGGAUCUCUGAUCACAGAUGCAACACCCUUUCUGCCGGGUUCAUUUGAUCGACCUUCUCGUAAUCCUGCAGAGAAGAUCAAUAGUGGGUAUAAGGCCUGGGAAUGGCUUCUCUACCUGUAUGGGAUGGCACCAGCCACACUCUAUGGCAUUCUGCCUGAGCCCUAUUGGUUGCAUUUUUGCCAUCUUGCCUGGGGACUACAUCUAAUGCAACAAUACCACAUAUCUAGAUCCGAUCUCGUUGAAGGCCACCAUCACCUUCUUAAUUUCGCAGAUGAAUUCGAAGAGCUCUAUUACCAGCGCUGGAUUGAUCGGCUUCAUUUUGUACGACCAUGGCUCCACUCGAUCACACAUAUCGCUGGUGAGACAGUCAACAAGGGACCACCAAUUUGUUCGUCACAAUGGACGAUGGAGCGAACCAUCGGCAAUCUAGCUCAAGAGAUACGACUACACAACUCCUCUGUCUACGCUAAUCUCUCUCAACGUGCUGCUCGUUGUUGUCAAGUCAACACCAUCAAGGCUAUCAUUCCAACAAUUGAACCAUCAGAUAAUGCUUCCCCAAAGGGCUUGUUGGAUAUCAGCCAGGGAUAUUUGCUGCUGCGGCGAAGAGAGAGAACAGCCCAUGCAGUACGUCCCUGUGAGGCCCAAGUACUACUUCACUACCUGUCCGACAACGAUGUUCAUGUUACCUCCGCCCCUCUCGUCACUCGAUGGGCUCGUCUUCGCCUUCCAAAUGGGCAAGUUGCACGGUCUGCAUGGGAGGAAAAUGCUAUGUCCAAGCAACCAAGAAUGGCAUGCAAUGUGAAGUUAUUGAUUGACGGCAAGACCACUGUUGCCGAAAUCUUAUUUUAUUUCAAUAUGAUGCUUCACGAUGAAGAGAAGACCUUUGCUUUCGUAUCUGAAUUCAGCCAGCCACACACAGAUCUAUUUGAAAACUCGUCGCAAACGGUCUUUGCCUGUCGUCAUUGUGAAGAUGCUUCAUUGAAACUUGUCGAGGUUCAUACUAUACAGUCUGUGGUGGCUAUGAUUCCUCAUAAUUUUCCGGGUAUUGAUGGUGUUCUUUUCUACCUCGUGGAACGACCAGGGUUGGACAUUAUAAGAAUGAGUGGUGUGGAAGAGGAGGGUAUUCUUGACGAAGAAUGA